AUGGUUCGUGAUAAGAUAAAGAAAGCACAAGAUCUCCAAAAGAGCUAUGCACAUCACAAAAUAAGACCAUUAGAAUUUAAUGAAGGUGAUCAUGUAUUUCUAAAGGUGACUCCGAGAUUGAGACUGAAGGGAUCGUUUAAGUCACGGAAGUUAAGUCCAAGAUACGUAGGACCAUACCAAAUUAUAGAUAAGAUUGGUGAAGUAGCUUACAAAUUAGCCUUACCACCUUCUCUAUCAGAAAUGCACGAUGUUUUUCACGUAUCUCAACUUCGAAAGUUCAUUCCAAACUCUCUUCAGCAUAUUCUUCCAGAUUCAAUAGAAGUAGAAUCACACCUAACUUCCGAACCUCUACCAAGUGGUAUUGUAGGAUGGGAAAUUAAGGUAUUGAGGAAUAAGGAGAUCCCUCUUGUUAAGAUUCAGUGGGAUGAAUCACAUCCGGGUGAUGCUACUUGGGAAUUGGAGUCUGAAAUGCGAGAAGUUUACCCUUAUCUCUUCCAGGAAAAAGAUUGGAUCAAGAAGAAGAAGAAGAAGAAGAAUAAGAAGAAGAAGAAGUAUCUUUAUAGUGGUUUAUGUUUUGAUGUAGUAAAACAUUGA